AUGAGUUCUGCGGACAUUGAAAAGAGAAGCGCAUCGACGAGUACAGGCGAUAGCUCUGAUGCCACCACAACGUUCGUAGGCAACGGGAGAACAAGCAGUGGGAACGUCAUCAUAUACAAAGAGCAUCAUGAGGCUAGCACGAUCGAGUUGUUCUACGAUCUGUUCUUUGUUGCGAAUCUAGCGCUGAUCAACUACCUCAAAUUGUUUACCCUCUUGUGGUUUACCUGGCUCAGCACUACACUCUUCGACGUACGAUUCAAUAUCGACUGUGUUUGGAAUCGCUUGCACAAGGCUAUACAGUUCGGUGUCUUCGCAGGGUUCGUUUUUGCCGGCCCAGUUUACGACAAAUACAGCAAGAGUGGGGUCUCAAAGUCAUACAAGGACUUCGCGAUCGUCUUGAUUGUGAGCAGAGUCGCGAUCUCAGUACAGUAUGCAGUAGUCAUGUGGCAGGGACGAUUGUUCAAAUCGACUCUAUUGCCGCUGGGGCUGAGCACCUUGGUUCAUAUCAGUGCCGCUGUAGGUUAUAUGGUCACGUUAUUGGUCUUCCCUGUGGGGCCUGUCGGUUUGCCGGAACAGGUUACUUGGUUCAUCAUCUCCAUAGUAGAAGGCCUGCUGAUCUUUCUCAUUGCCAUGACCUGGCGCAUCGUCAGCUUCAAGUACACUCAUCUGGUGGAGAGACUCCAGCUUCUGACUCUAAUCAUCAUCGGCGAGGGUAUAAUUGGUGUGGUCAAAAGCAUAGCAUGUAUAACGAAAGGGCAGACGAGUAAUAAUCUGAGAGAGUUUGGAACGGUGGGAGCUGCUGUUCUUUUGCUAUACAUCCUGUGGAUGCUUUACUUCGAUCAACUGUCCAGCGAUCGUUUCGGCACAGUUCGUCAGCAAAUCUGGUCUCUCCUCCAUUACCCCCUGCACAUGGCAAUCCUCAUAUGCGUAGAAGGUAAUACCUCUCUCAUCGUUUGGAACUCUGCAGUUCAAGCCUUGAAAUGGAUAUGGAGUAUGGAACCAAGCGACUACUCCGACCCAGCUGCGGGUUUCGAAGACACCGCCGCCUUCCUCAGUCACCUCAACAAGAGUAUGUACAGCAUCAACGCGCAAUUUACAAGCAAAUACUGGAACGAUACAUACAAGUGGGAAAGCAACUUCACCGCUAUCGAGAACUACACAGCUUCAUAUGGCUUUGGCUCUGAUGAGUGGAACAACAAAACCGGCAGCCUCGUCAACUACAUCUUCACCAACGCACAGAUCUUCGUUUUUGAAGCACACGCCGAUACAUUGGCAAAACUCAACGCUGUCACUGCUCCCUCUACGAGUCGCUAUAAGACACUGGAAGCCGUCUACGGCGUUUUCAACGUCACAGUCACGCAGUUCUACGCUGGCGCUGGUGCGAUGCUGAUUGUGCUCGCUGUGAUGUAUUGGUUCAACAAGCUGCACAAGACGAAGGUUGAGUUCGGCGAGAUGAUCAACAGGGUGGUUGUCGGCUUCACGCUACUCAUCGUGGGUGUGGUGGCUGUGCUUGGGAACCAAUCGACCUCUGGGUUCAAGUUCGUAGCGUCACAUUGGGCUAUCCCGAUAGUUGUAAUGUUGUUUGUCGGUGGUAAGACCUUGCGAUCCUGA